GGCAAAAAAGACCCCCAGAGAGAGAGAGAGAGAGAGAAAGAGAGGUAGCUGCAAUCGAGGGGUGCAAUCUAAUUCUCAGAGAAGAGCGCGAGAAAUAUUUGGAGAGGGAGAAAAAGAAGAAAAAUAUAUAGAAAAUAAAAAGAAAAAGAAAACGAAAUGCUGAGAGCGAGACAGAGAGAAACGAAACUCGGCAGCGCAAUCGAAUUGAAGGAACCUACGAGGAUUAGAAGUCUCUGCGUCUCUGAAUCUUAAAUCGUUCUCGGUAUCAGAGAGCUCGGAAAGGUCAGAUGGAAUUCUUGCAAACCUUGAGUUUUUUAUCUUUGGAAGUUUUAACCUCUGCUGUUGUGUUGGAUUCUCUGUAUGGUUUAUGUUCUCUUUAAAGCAAAAUUUGAACUUUAGCUCCAACCCUCGAACUCAUCUGCAACUUAAAUUCUUUCGCGAUCCGAGUUGGUUAACUUGGUUUGACGAUCUCAGUUCACUGAAGGAAUUUGGAUUACUGUUCGCUUCUCGAGUUCUAAAGAAAUGGAUGUUAUGCGAACUUAUAGAGGGGUGUAUUUAUGGGUCUUUGCAGCUUGCGGGUGGCAAGAAAAUGAGGUCCUCAAAAACGAGGAUUUGGUGAUUAGAAGUUAGGGUUUUGAUUUGAACAGAUCAGAAUUUGAAGUUUUGAUUGUAGGGUUUUGGAGGGAUUAACUAAGUUCUGUGGUCAGUGAGAUCGCUGCUUGCGAGCUGCCUUUUUCAUUCCCUAGGGUUCACUUUUUUGAAGAUGAGAUUGGCUCCCGCAUUUUCUAUUAUGUGCAUGGAGAAUUCAGGGGGAGGUAGAGGUGUAUGCAGGAUCCGUUAUUGGAAACGCAACAAACCCUAAUUCGGUUGAAAAAAAGCCGGGUUUUUUGUGUUCUGUAUUUGGAAAAGGAAGAUUGAUGAUUUAGGCGUGGUUUAUGGGCUGUAUGUAUUGAGAAAUGCAACCUUCCCAACAUCACUCGCGGAUCAAUCUUGCUGACUUGAAGGCUCAGAUAGUGAAGAAGAUUGGGCCUGAGAGAUCGAAGCGGUAUUUUUAUAAUUUGAAUGGACUAUUAAGCCAAAAGUUAAGCAAGGUUGAGUUUGAUAAAUUAUGUCAUAGAAUUCUUGGAAGAGAAAACCUGCCUUUGCACAACCAGUUGAUCCAUUCAAUUCUGAAGAAUGCUUGUAAUGCGAAGGUCCCACCACCAGUCCACGAGAAGGAAACCCAAAAGUCCACAAGACUGACCAGAAAGAAAUCUCCAUCAAGAGAAGAUGUGCAUGAGCAAGGUGGUCCUUCCCCAACUUCAACACAGCCUUCAACUCCAAAAAUUUGGGCAAAUGGGGGUGUUGUGCCGAUGUCACCUCCAAAGGGAAGGUCUGGGAUUCGUGACAGAAAGCUCAAAGAUCUCCGCAGCCCUCUUGGGCCAAACGGGAAGAUAGACUUUGUUUCUCAACAAUCAACCACUGCAGAUGAUGUGAGCACUAAAGUUAUUACAGAAAAUGGGGAUUUCAAUCCAUGUGAUUUCCAGAGGCCAGUGCAAAAUCAUCAGGGUCUUGCAGAGCAACCUGGGAAUGAAUUAGGUGUUUCACUUCAGUGCCCUCCAAAGAGACCACAAAUAAACAGAUCGGCAGAUGAUCUGAUUUCUGUACAUAGCAAAGGUCAACUUAUAGUAGUAGUUGAAGAUGGGGAAGAGGUAGAGCAGGUCAAUAACACCAACUCUACUAGAAGUGCCAUCCAGGCACCCAUUGGGAUUCCAUUUUGCUCAGCUAGUGUAGGUGGGGCCCGCAGGGCUAUUCCAUUGUCUAGCGGUAGCUUUCCUACAUCUUUGAACAGUGGUGGGUUGUGUGAUACAGAAACACUAAAGAAGUGCAUGGAACAGAUUGCAGGAGCACAGGGCCUUGAAGGGGUUUCAACAGACUGUGCUAAUUUGUUAAAUAAUGGGUUGGAUGUCUACUUAAGGCGAUUAAUAAAGUCUUCCGUCGAGCUUGUAGCAGCAAGAUCUGGAUAUGAGCAAGCAGUGCACCCUCUCCAGAAGCAUCAGCAUCAUGGUAAGCUCAUUAAUGGUAUGUUGCCAGGUCAUCAGCUGCAGAUGCAAUAUAGCAAUGGGCCCAUGGAAGGUAUGCAACGACAGAGAAUGUGUUUUCCAAUAUCUAUGCUUGAUUUCAAGGUUGCAAUGGAGCUAAGCCCACAACAGCUUGGAGAAGAUUGGCCUUUGCUGCUUGAAAAAAUAUGUAUGCAUACAUUUGAGGAAUAAAGCAUCCAAGACGAACUUUGGCCCAAUUAUAGUUGAGUGGAUCCCUACUGGUUCAAAGGCCUUGAAGAUUGUGGAUGGACACUCAAUGCGCUGGCUGAUCUUUUGUGGCAUGAUUAACCCAGGUGACUUCCCUGGACAAGGCUCUACCCAUUACAAGAUUCAAUGGGGAUUGGAGCAGGAAAUCUCAUAUUGCCCUGAUGCAGGGACCUUAUGCAACCUGGAUUAUAUUUAACAACCAUUUCAAAAGGGAUUAUUCCCAAGAAAAGUUACCUGUGAUUGGUUGCACUGUUGUAUGUUUAGCAUUCAUGUUGGUUAUUUGCUGCCAUCACUGCAGAGCUCGAGCUUUUUCUGUAAUUUACAGCCAAUUAAGAGGAAGUUAAAGACCAGUUUUGCAGAAAUACUGUUGUAGCUUGGUAAAAGUAAUGAUAUCGUUAGAGGAUGGCGGCUGGUGGCAUCUUCAUCUUGUAUUAGAACAGAAUUGUCAUUGCGUUGGAAGCCACCUAGCCAACUUCUUCAAACCACAUUUGAUGGAUGCAGUUUGGGCAACCUUGGACCGUCAGGUAUUGGGGCAGUCUUUAGAAAUAAACUUGGGAACAUAUUUCUGGGCCAAUGGGGAUGGGAAAUUCAUUCAGGACAGAACUCAUGGCAGCACUGCAAGGCCUAAGAAUAGCUAAAUCUUUGAACUUCAACAACUUGGAGGUGAAAGGAGACGCUAAGGUGGUGCUGGGUUGGUUGAAAAACCAAGAACAAGGGCAUUGGUGGCUUGGUGCUAUAGGCAGAUUAAGGAGAUUAAAUAUCCUUUUGAUUGGACUAAUAGAUCUGCAAAUAUCUUGGCCGAUGCACAUGCCAAGGAGUGAAUAGGGAACAGUUUUGCAACCUAUGCAUGUAGAAUUGAGUAAAGGGUGUAUGGGGUAGGGAUUGUGAGUUUGUAAAGCUUACUUGUAAAAGGGAUGCUGGGCAUGUUGUAUCAUGUAUCUCAUUCUUUGACUCAUUAUUAAUAAAAAUAGGUGGUGUUUGGUACCA